AACGUCAUUCUCCGUCCCGGACCUCUGCCCCCUCGAACCCUUCCGUCUUCUCUCGGCCACCGGCGGGAACCCGGAAGCCGUCGCGUUCCUGAAGAGAGGCUUACUUCUCUCUUCUCCUGGGAAGAAAGAGCAGGAAGAGGAUGGCGGAUUGGGCGUCGACGCAUAGAUUGUGGGAGAAGUGGGCCUCCAACAACAUCGGCUCUUCUGGUGAACCCCUAAAGGCGGCCCUGCUGCUCAACUACGAUCCCAACGGUCCGUCACGCCUCUUGUCUGUCAUAGCAGAACAAGAGGGGACCAACCUGAAGGCCAUUGAUUUGCACCCAUUCCUCGACUUUGUGAAGCGGAACAAUCUCCAGAAGGAGUUCUUCUUUAUUGGAUCAAGCCAGUGUUUCCAAAUUAUGUUCCAACUACUUGUGAUGAAUGACCAUCUCCACAAGAAGCACAAAGGAAGCAUCUUUAUUUCUGAAAAGGUGGAUCGCAAGAUCCUUGUUCUGAGCAUGAAGUUCAAUUGGUGUUCCCGUGUGGCUAUAAGGGUGACAUUUUGGAAAUGCGGAUGAGGGAUUUUAUGGUAAAUCAUGUAUUAAGGUAUUCAUCUUUUUUGAAAAAUACCAUGGUAUUUUGUGAUUGAGAGCAUUUGAUGUGCCUAUAAUGUUAGUAAGACAGUAAGCACCUCUCCUGAUUCAAGAGUUAAAGAAACACUAUCCCUUGAAGCAACAAAACUCUCCUUACGAAGCAAGAAAUGAUGAUUAGGAGCAUUUGUGAUUUGCAAGGUUCGCCAUCUCAAUACCCGGUCCUAUACUGGUACCAACUUAUUACUAUUUUGGGAUGGGGCCGGUUUGGUACACCGAGCGUUGGUACACCAGUAUAGUACGAU